GCUCCUCCCGUCCCGUUGAGCUCCUCCCGCCCGCCGGCCCCGGCGAUAUUUAACCUGGGCCGGGGCGGGGAGCGGCAGCGCCGAGCGGGGACAGAGCCGACCCCGAGCCAGCGCAGCCCGGUCCCGCGCAGGUACCGCCGGGACCCCGCGCCGCCCCCGGCUGGGCACAGGCAGAGAGCGGGGCCGGGGCGGGACGAGAAGAGGGCUGCGAUCUGGAGCCGGAUCCCAGCGCGACCCCCCCACCGAGUCACCGUCCCCGUGUCUCCCGCCGCCGCCGCCGCUCGUCCCGUCCCGUCCGGCCAUGCGAGCCCCGGCCCCGCUGGCGCUGGGUUGCGUCAGCUUCGCGCUGUGCCUUCUGGAGCUGCCCCACGGCCGGGCCCUGCCGCCGCGCAGGCCCCCCCCGGCGCGGAGCCCCCCGGAGCGGAUCCCCGCUCUGCCCGGAGACCCCCCAGCCCCGCAGCCCGUCGGGACCCUGCGACACCGAGCUCCGGUUCCCCGGCACGGCCCGUGGGCCGCCCUCCGGCACCGCCCGCCCGCCCCGCGGCCCCCCCCGUGGCACGUCCGGCGCCUCAUCCUGCGGCGGGACCCCCGGCACGACCCCCGGCCCGCCCGGGACCGCCGGCACGUCGGGGCACACCUGAUGCGGGUGGGCUGCGUGCUGGGCACCUGCCAGGUGCAGAACCUGAGCCACCGCCUGUGGCAGCUGCGGGGACAGUCGGGCCGCCGCGACUCGUCCCCCAUGAACCCCAACAGCCCCCACAGCUACGGCUGAGGGGGGGGCGCGCCCCCGCCCCGCGGGACCCCCAAGCACCGCCGCGGGCUCCUCCGCGCCGCCGCCGCCGCCCCGGGGGGCUCCGGGCACCGCAAGCCCCUGAUGGAGCCCCGGGGUGGCCAGGGACGGACAGGAGCUGCAGCGGCGACCUGGGGACUGCUGGUGGCCCGUGAUGACCCAGCGGGAUCGUGGUGGCCGGCGGUGGCCCACAGGGACUGGCGGUGGCCCAGAGCGACUCACGGUGACCGGCGCUGGCCCGUAGUGACUCUUGGUGGCUCAGAGUGGCCCCUGGUGGCCGGUGGUGGCCCGGGGUGACCCGCGGUGGCCCGCGGCGGCUGGCAGUGGCCAGUCUGUGCGGGGCGGGUCCAAGGGCCACCGGGAAUCGCGCUGACCGCAGCAGCGCCGGGACCUCGUGCAAGCCCCUCCGGCCGCGCUCCUGCUGACUCAGCACUCCCGUGCCCGCCGUGGCACCCCCGGAGCCCCCCAGGGCACCCCCAGCGCCCCAGUCCUUCCCCAGGGGGACACUGGGGGUGGGGGCCCGGCAAGGACAGGGCACAGGGACCCCGCUCCGGGCUGGGGGAGCCCCCAGCACCUUCCCCACCUGGGGGUCCCACCUGGGGCUGGCACCUUCCCGGGUGCUGGGGGGGUCCUGCCCUCCUCAGCGUGAGCAUUGUCCCCUCCCCUGGCACCUUGUCCCAGCCUGUGUCACCCACAGCCCGGCAGGAGCUGGCCAUAGGGAGAUGUCCCCAAAUGUGGGGGGCAGUGGAAAGGUUGGGGUCCUGUGGCCCACUGCUGCCUGUCCCAGACCUGUCCCCCGCUGCACCCUCGGGGACACCCCCACGUCGUGUCCCCACAGGCUCAGUGGGUGCCCACACGGACAUGAGGGGACACGUGUGACAUCCCUGUCACCCCCCAGAGCUGUCACCCCACGGCCCGGUGGGACAGGAAUGUGUGACCCCAGGUCACUGUGCCACCCCCCCCUCCGGGGAGCAGCUUGAGCAGCCCCCCAAGAGCAGCAGCCCCAUUCCCUCCAGAACAGCCCUGUCCUCCCAGGGCACCCCCAUUCCCGGGGCACCCCCAUUCCCGGGGCACCCCCAUUCCCGGGGCACCCCCAUUCCCAGAGCACUCCAUUCCCGGGGCACCCCCAUUCCCGGGGCACCCCAUUCCCAAAGCACUCCAUUCCCAGAGCACCCUCAUUCCCAGAGCACCCCCAUUCCCAGAGCACCCCCAUUCCCGGGAACACCCCCAUUCCCAAAGCACUCCACUCCCAGAGCACCCCCAUUCCCAGAGUACCCCAUUCCUGGGAACACCCCCAUUCCCAGGAACACCCCCAUUCCCAGGAACACCCCCAUUCCCAGAACACCCCCAUUCCCAAAGCAUUCCCAUUCCCAUAGGAAUGUGCCUGUUCUCCCAGAGCACCCCAUUCCCAGGAACACCCCCAUUCCCGGGAACACCCCCAUUCCCAGAGCACUCCCAUUCCCAGAACACCCCCAUUCCUGGGAACACUCCCAUUCCCAGAGCACCCCCAUUCCCAGAACACCCCAUUCCCGGGAGCACCCCAAUCCUCCCGGGACCUCCCCGCCCCCAUUCCCCAGAGGACCUGGGUGUCCCGGCAGGUUCAGGGACAGGAUGUCCCCGGGUGCCACACGGACGGAGCUGCCCCUCAGUGUCCAUCCCCUGGGUGUCCCAGUUUCAGCACAGGAUGUCCCAGGAAUGUCUCAAGUGUCCCCUGGGUGUCCCAGGACGUUCUGUGGGAUCCCAUGGAUGCCGCCAGGAGCCCUGUCCACCCCACGGGUGUCCCAGGACUUCCCACACCCCGUGGAGCUGCUGAGGGGCACUGGGGGACCUGAAGGGCGCAUGGGGUCCCCAGGCCUUUGUCCCCUCCCCUGGGUGCCCCCGCUGGGCCCGGUGGGUGCCCAACCCACCCUGGCCCAGCUCGCUGCUUCCCGGGAAUCCUGGUUUGGGUGGAAUAAACAAAACGUGUGAGGAGGAGGA